AUGGCUACCCGAUGGACUGGCCCAUACCGCAUUGUAGAACAAAUGCCAAAUGGUGACAAUUAUCGAUUGGAACAUGUCGAAACUGCGAAAAUACUCGACCCAACCAAUGUGGACAAAUUGAUCAAAGUUGAACCCUGGUCAGUCAACGAAUCUAACCCCGAACAAACCAAUCCAAACGAAGAAGAGGACACCCCGCCCGAAAUCUCACAAUCCCAUCGCAACCCGCAGUUUGAAAAUGGUUCGUUUAUUGUCUACGAAAAGCUUGGAGACUUUUUUGAUGACGACAUAAGAAUCAUGAUCGAAGAACUGCAUGCUUGGUUAAAAUCACAAAAAGACUAUAAGUCAUCAACCGGAGAAGCGUGCAAAUACCUUUACACAAAAAAUCCCGAGUUCAAAAAGAUUCUUCAAAGCAUUGGUGGAAUUUGUCAGUUGCUGAUUCAUACACCAUCGAUACAGUUUGAAAUGCCUGACGCAACCGGUGGAAAAAACUCUCUGAAACUGUUGGAUGCCAGUCAACCAGUGAAAUACCAUUUAGACCGUCUAGGAGGACGCUAUGGUAUAGGAAGAAUCGUCAGCUACUACGAAGACGAAGACGUGUACGAUAUACAACUUUGGGAUAGAAAAUCGAAGAAGACAAAGUGGAACAAAGCCCUGAGACAAGUUAAAGUAGAAGAUGAACCUGCUACUGAACUUGUACAGUCAAAUAGAGUGUUAUGUUCUAUUGAGUUAGACGAUAAGUAUAAGAUUGGACAGAACGCUCAAAAGCAACUUGAAGAUUUACAAUUACUUUGUGUUUGUUAUAAGAACAAGUGUCUUCCUUGUUAG